UUAAUCUUCCUUUCAUCCCUCUCAUUCCACCACCACUGCACAUCCGCCUUCGCUCAACUAAACCGGAACGCAUACCCAGUUGCCGUAUCACUAUAAGCAGCGGCGCAGAACAGUUGCAUACCUACACACGAACACAUCAGAACACACUCAGCUACAAGGUCAAAUAGAAAGCUAGAACGGACUGAGAGUGAGCAACGACAAGAGGAAGAGAGAUUCGCCUCCUCACCUCCCCCAUGGCGCUUAAGGGACAGCCGCGGUGGUUGCCCCUCUUUUUGCUUCUGCUGCUGUGCACCAUCGCCCUCCAGUCCCUCAUCGAUCCAGAGCACGCCGCCUCCACCACCUCCCUUCGCCCCUUUGUUACCGCAGUACCGGCGUCCUCAGCUGUGUCUCAACAACCGCAAACCAACGGCAUCAGCAUAUAUAAGAGGGAAAGCCAUCAUGACCUUGGCGAGACCACACUGAGAUCUAGAUCUGAUCUCACACUAUCGAAUUCACAUCUUGAACCCAACAAUCGCAACCAAGACGAACUCUUUCUUGCGCUCCACCAGGAACCCGGUAAAGAAAAGAGCGCUAUUUCCCCCAAUGGUUUGCUGGCUGAAGUGGCCAAUCGGGGGGAGACUUUUCCAGUAUAUCAUCUAGAUCCUAUGGCCCAGGAUCCACCCAGAAACCGACCCUCCCAUGAAUACGUCUACCGAGGCGAUAUCAGGGCAGCGACGACCAAUUGUAACUCGGAUAUGCCUCAGGUUCUAGGCCCAGGAUGGAAUGGAUCGUUCUCGAGUAAUUCCGCGGAUGGAGUGUAUCCGACACAGACGCGAUCUUGUACUUGGACCAUGCUGGCCUACACCAAUGCGUCGACUCCGGCGCCGACAUCAUCAUCAUCGACAUUGGCAGGGAGCGAAAAGUCGUCUUCAACACCUUAUAUCAUUCAAUUGACGUUUUGGUCGCCCAUCCAACUUGUUUGCGGGAUUGAUUAUCUAACGCUCUACGACGGACCAGACACGUCCUCGCCCGUGAUUGCGAAACUAUGCGGGAACAUUUGGAUGGACAGUGUCCCGACGCUGUACUCUUCUGGACCAGUGAUGACAGCUGUCUUCACGACUCAGGAGCAGACACCUGGAUCUGUAGGGUUUACGGCCGGGUGGACGUCCGUGUUGCCAUGCGAUGUCUGCUUGAAUUCGGGCAGAGGGACGUGUAGUGCCAACAGCUGUGUUUGUAGCAGCAUGUACACAGGAUCUGUUUGUCAGUCAGAAACGGCUGUAUUCAAAGACUUCACUCCAAGGUCACAGCAUGCAAUGGCGUACGACUCUGCAAAGGACACGGUCUAUAUCAGUGGAGGAACGAGUUCCCAGACCACGUUCAUGUCAGACUUGCUCUCCUAUAACUUUGCAACCAAUACAUGGAAAAAGUUAACGGUGACCUCCAGGACCCCCGAUCCUCGCUAUGGGCAUUUUGCAUUCGUGUACGACAGCGAUCUCUACAUCUAUGGCGGCGUCUCUAUCAUCGGAGGCAUGGGCGACAUUUGGAAGUUCAACGGGAAACAGUGGGCGCAACUACAACUCACCUACUCUGAUCAGUUACCCGCAGCCAGGAUCGGAGCUGCCUGUGUCGUUGUCACGACCAACAACUCGACACAACUGGCGGUCUUUGGAGGCAUGAACGCCGCAGGCGAGACAAUGCGCGACAUCAAUAUGUAUGAUGUCGGAGCUGAUAAGUGGAAGAAGGCCGCUCGCCAGAACUCGGUAGGACUCGCAGGCGCGACGGCCGUGUAUCACAAGGCGACAGAGUCGAUCUAUUUCUUUGGGGGGAUGGUCAACCAGACGACAAGGAAUGUUAUCACAUACCAGUAUUUUCUCGAGCAGGGUUUGUGGUAUGCGCUAGCACCGCGGAUCGAUCCUUUGACGGCUACGCCGAUGGUAACGAAUGAUGGACAACCUUCGGACAAUGGAACGGAUUCGGGGGAGGACGACUCAGGAGAUGGGUCGCAGAACAGCAUGAUAGCACCGCAGAACCUGCCUCCUGUCUUGUAUGACCCCGUGUCGGGAGUUUGGGCGCCAGCAGGAUUAAUGGGCGACGAUAUGGUUCUGAUCUAUGGAGGGAUGAGGCCAUAUGGACUUGGACUCAGUGCGAAAGCAGAAGCAUGCUAUGUCGGCAAAGUAUCGAUCUAUGAUCUUUCAUGUCAGAGGUGGACUUCUUACGAUGUGUCAGACACAGAAGGCAUCAUGAGGAACAGAGUCAAUCAUACGAUGGUUCUUCGGCCACCAGGAUCGACUGGCGGAAGUAAAACUGCAUGGACGAUGUAUAUCUUUGGCGGGUUUGAUGGAAAGGAACAUCAGGACAUGCUGAACUUCACAUUGGGUAUUUCUACGCCUGCGCCGGCUGAUCUCAACAACUGCCGAGCAUUACGAUGGUGCAGUUACUAUGACGACUGCCAGGACUGCAAUGACAGUUAUUGCUCCUAUAUCAACGGACUUUGUCUCUUUGACACGGACAAAGCAAAGGCUUCCUCCGCAGCAUCUGCAACCAGCCCAGCUUACCUCCUCGGUAAUAGCUCCGACAUUCCCAUGAACGGGACCCUGCAGGAUUUGAUCCGCCAACGACCCGAACUGAAGGGCCAAGUCUUGACACCAGACACUUGUCCGACCCAUAUUGCGCUCGACCUCAACGUCUCAUACUCGUACACGAUGCAGCCUGGACAAUCGUUGACAUUCAAAACCUACAUCGACGCGCAGGAUCUGGAUAUCCGGUUUUCGCUGCUCACGAGUCCUUCGCUACCGAUGGACUUUGCAUCCCAGAACGUCUGGGAAGGGUUUAUGAAUAUGUACUGGCGAGCGACGCAUGGACUCACGGAUGAUUCCUGGAACGGCUACUCUGAGACCUCUUCGCCCAUCCCUACGGACGUACCCACAACCUCCGACAAUAUAACUGUGGGUGAUAGUCCUGUGAUUACGCUGGCUGGGAUUUUGAAUACCAGUGAGCUAUUGAACCGCUGGACAAAGUACUCGGGGCUGGAUGCUUCAGCGUCUUCGUCAGCUCUACGACAGUCCACUUCAACAGUCGUGGAUUUCGCAGCGGGAGAUCCCAGACGGUUUUCGGGAUACUAUGUCUAUAGGCUUAAGAAUUCGAAUUCUGUGCCGAUCGCGUUCACACUGACGGUCAGCCUGCUCGACCACCCAGAAGAUGAUGGUGGCAAAAAGGGGUCACAGUUUAAUCUAGCGACACUCGGGUUUAUGAUGGUUGGCUUUAUCUUUGGAGUGAUUCUGCUGGUCCUGGUGGGAUAUAAGAUCAAGAAGAGGCUGAACGAACGCGAGCAGAUCCGUAGAGCUAGGACUGAGUUGAGGAUGUUGGCGGAAGAAGAAGAAGAGGAAGAGGAACGAAGGCGGCAGGGAGUAGCACAGGCUUUGGCGGCGAGGGAUGAUCAGAGUCUGGCGAACAUGAAGCCAAUGUAUCGGGUCGUUGUUGGUGUGCAGCAGGAUCAGAAGGAUGUGAAGAGUAUGUCCACAGCUGCUGCAGGAGUUGAGUCCAACACUCUUCGACAUCGACACGUGAGGAGUAACUGUCUAGGAGUAAGCACGACUGGCGCAGGAGUCGAUGAUGAGAAGAGGGACUAUCGCGCGCGACCGGAUUAUAUUUGCAACCUGGAAGCGUCACCGCCAAGCUCCUCGUCUGGAAUCCAGAGUAAGGAACCAAAGAUACGUGGCAGUCUGAAGCACAGAUGGUCGCUAAAGAGCCUUGGUCGAUCGUCCUCGUUAAAGAGAUUUCGGGAUCACUCCGCUGUCAAGUCAGAGGAUGAGGAGGGACUGACAGACAAUGGAUACGAUGAUAUCGCGGAAGAACUACCAACAAACGCUGAGAUGGGGGCUGGAGUUGGAGCGAGUGCUGGUAGCACGCGUGAUGAAGAGCAGCAGGUCUUGGAGCUCGGACUUUUGUCUCCACAGGGCCUCACUGCGAUCGGAAAUGAGGGUAUCAAACAGCGGCAACAUCGGAAUCCGACUAAGGUUCAGCCGAUCUCGAUCGAGCCGCUUGUUUUCCAUGGCGAACUCGUCCCAAGGACCAAGAGGAAUUUCCGACGAUACCGGCGGUCGCUUGCUCAGCAGCCACAAUCAGUCAGCGACAGAAGAACAUCUGUAAUACCAGUUCGAACACCGUCGCGCAGGAGUGCGGUGAUGAACACGCGGACGACAUCGCGUGUCAAGGGUGCGCUGAGACGGGCGCAGACUGUGGCUGCUUCGCUGACGGCCCGAUCACGCGGCGGCGGUUCUACGGCAGAUAGAGACAUGGGUGGUCAAGUUGAACACUCGGAGGGGAUUGAGAUGGAGCAGUUCGAGAAGCCUAGCCACGAAGGAACACAUUUGCCGACAUAUGUGGGCGAAGACGCUAUCGGUCUGCGUGGCCCGAGAUCUGAGGAGGUAGCGGCAGAACAUGCGCCGGUUCGGAUGCGUGGGCGACAGGAGUAUGAGCCUGGCCCAUUGGUAGCCGUGAACGUGUUGGUUGUGUUCCCUGGUGAUGCGAGCACGCGGCCUCUCAUGAUCCUGCCCGCGGAUAGUGAAACUGGAACACUUAGUAACACCACUGCGAAUGUCAAUGUCGAGACGACACAGGGAGCGGAGCAGGUGGAUCAGUGUCUUCCACCGAUGGCGAUUGGUACAGUGUUUGUGCCGGAUCCGGUGAGGUGGUGGGCGUACAAGGCGAGGCAGCGAGUGAACCGGAGAAGGUAUGAGAGGGAGAUGCGGAGGCUCCGACGACAUAAGGAGCUGUAUCCUGAGAAGGCAACUUACUAGAGAUCCGAAGGCUUGAACAUUGUACAAUAUUAAAUAUGGUCUUAAUUAUGAAGGUGGUUGCGCU